AUGUCAUCAGACACGUCGUCAGACAAUGGCGGUUCGAAGAAGAAACAGAAGCGCCUCGCGCGCGAGGUCGCGUCGCUGUCCGAGCCCGGCGCGCUGCCGCGAGAGCUCACCGGGUCCAUCUUCGUUCGACACGACGUCGACCGCCUCGACCGCAUGCGCGCCGUCGUCGUCGGCGCCGACGGCACGCCGUACGACGGCGGAUGCUUCGUCUUUGACGUCUACUUCCCGGCGAACUACCCCGCGGUCGCGCCUCUGGUGAACCUCGACACGACCGGCGGCGGUCGCGCGCGGUUCAACCCGAACCUGUACGCGGACGGGAAGGUGUGCCUGUCGCUGUUGGGGACGUGGCACGGCGGCUCCGCGGAGGAAAAGUGGGACCCGGAGCGGUCGUCGCUGUCGCAAGUGUUGGUCAGGCGCGUUCGAGCAUCACACUAUUGCGUGCAAGGGCUGAUCAUGUGCGAGGACCCGAUGUAUAACGAGCCCGGGUUCGACGGGAUCCGAGGGACGCCGGAGGGCGUGAAUAAGAGCAAGGAGUACGACGAGGACGUGCGGCUGAACACGGCGAGGCACGCGAUGGUCGCGCACUUGCGGCGACCCAGACGCGGAGUGAACGACGCGAUUCGGACGCACUUCCGGCUGCGGCGGUGGCGGACGAUGCGCACGGUGCUGCGAUGGUGCGAGGAAGCGAGCGACGAGACGCGGAGGGCGCGGCUGUGGGACGCCGCGAAGGAGCUCGGGGGGUUGCUCGCGGCGCUGAAGGACGAGCGAGACGAAUGACGACGACGACAUUCGAGGAGUGAUGACUACGACGCUACUAGUAGCGCGAUGCGUUCAUUGCAACCGACACGAUGAUUUACGGAACGGAACGGAACGACUCUCAUCUCAUUCAUCCGUGAUGAUUCGAUGAUUCGUCGCUUCUGUACACUGGUCCCCAUACGAUCGCGUUCGCGUGGUGAACGCCGAUCCUUAAGGACUUUGCCCGGCGUUUCUCGCCGCUCUC